GCGCUGCCGAUCGCGCUCGCCACUUCUCUCUUCCGCCUGACUCGGCCGCCACGUGAAUGACGACUAAUACGUAAACAAACCCUAUCGUAUUCUUACCUUCGUCUCGUCUUAUCGAGCUGUAAUUGGAAUUGAGAUCUUCAGUUUCCCAAGACGUUAAGCUCAAGCCCUAAAAUGAUGCGAAUGGCCAUCCUUGUAACUUCUGGCAUUCUUGCAUCAGAAAUGAUAUGGCAGUUGUAUAAAGUGUACAAGAAACGUGCUCGGAGGUUGGCGAUCAACACUGCCAACGGCUGUGCGCAACAGCUCUGCAAAGGCGCAGAGAAAGGAAAAAUCUAUGAAGUUAUGUUCUUCAUGCAGUCUUCCAGUCUUUGUCGUUCGCAUUUGGGAAUCAAGAAAGUGUGCACGAAACCGAAUUGUGCAGUUGGAUACUUGAUGCGGAUAUUGGACUGUUUGAACUCUGCGACCGAUACUUUGGACCUAUGCAUGUACUUCUUCACGUUCCCAGACUUAGCAAAUGCAAUUAUAAACGCCAAAAAGAGAAAUGUUGUUGUAAGGUUAAUAUUGGACGAGUCCAUGGCGAAGAAUGACAUAAGCCAAAUAAUGAACUUUUACAAAGAAGGCAUUAGGCCGAUAUCGAAGCGAUUGGACACCCUGAUGCAUCACAAAUUUGUUAUUAUUGACAAUAAGAUUGUGAUAACCGGCAGUGUAAACUGGACGAAAUCAGCAUUUUUUGGAAAUUUUGAGAACAUUCUACUGACUAACGACCCAGCGAUAGUUCAGCCAUUUGUAAAAGAGUUUGAAAACUUGUGGACGUUGCUCAGUGCCGUAACUGUGGAAACUAAUCUAAGCAAUUCAAAUAUAGAGUAACAGUUUUCUCUUUUACUCCAAAUGUGCUUGUUUAAUUUCAACAGAAAAAGCCUAGAUAUCUUUUUGUUUAUUUUUUUAAAUGUCUGAACAAGAAAGAUUCUUGACUCGUGACAAUAUCUACUGAUAAACAGCUGUUAAAUAGACUUCGUAAGAAAUAAUAAUGUAUAGUAACGUUUACUAAGACUAAGUCUAAACUUAAGAAGUUAUAUACUUGUCUAACUUUUUUAUCUGAGAUAUCUAAAGAUCUUUUAUUUUACACUUUACUUUUUGAAAUGUCCGAACAAGAUUCUUGAUUCGUGAUAUUAUCAACUGACGUACAAAUGUUAAAUUAUUGAUAAGAAAAUACUAUUUUAUAUUCUAUGACGUUUAAGUUUUACCAAGAUUAAAUCUAAAUGUAAGAGUAUGUGUAAUGUUACGUAUAAUGAGGUAUGAUUUAUCCAAUUUUUUUUUAUUUUACUUUUUAUUUUACAUGUACAAACUCUUUAUAAAUGCAUAAAGAGACGAAUGAAGCCUCUCUGAUUGUUUGCUUGACGAUCUCAACAUGUAGGAAGACAAUGUAAGAUUUUUCUAUUAUAAAAAGACAAAGAUA